CGUCCGUUCAGUUGAAUGCUCCUUGUCGGCAAUAACAAGUGUAACGCUGGUUAUUGUUCAUUGUGGACUAAACGCUUGCAACAUGAAGUUGUACGCACUCUUUGUUUUUGUUUUGGCCAUGUUGGCUAUGGUUCUUGCUCAUCCAAAUCCUCAGCCGCGUCCAAUUCCUCAGCCGUAUCCUGGUGGCGGUGGCGGGGGUGGAGGAGGCGGUGGCGGUGGCGGCGGCGGUGGUGGUGGUGGUGGAAAAUAAGUGGCCUCCCAAAGUGAAUUUCCAUGAAUAUAUAUGUAUUUGAGUGGCAUUAUUUUUGGAUAAUUUGUUGGUUAAUAAUGAAAUAUACAAAUAUUAUAUAAGAACAUAUGUAUGUUAACAUGAAUGCAUUAUUAGAGGAGAAGGUAAAAAUACUGUUUUGGAAAGGCAA